GGGCGGGGCGGGGGGCCGCGCCCGCCGCGAGGACCCCCGGAGCCGGUCGCUGCGCGCUGGGGCCCCUUCUCCUUCUGGCGGGGGGUCUGGGGCCGCGGGGCGGGGCCUCAUGGAGGCUGCUGGCCCCGACAUUUGUGGAGGAGGGGACGCGGCGCGGGGUUCCGAGGGGCGGCCAGCACCCGAGGCGAGGGUGCACUUCCGAGUGACGAGGUUCAUCAUGGAGGCAGGUGUCAAGCUAGGGAUGCAGUCCAUUCCCAUUGCCACAGCUUGUACCAUUUACCAUAAGUUCUUCUAUGAGAUCAACCUGGAUGCCUAUGACCCCUACUUGGUCGCCAUGUCUUCCCUUUAUUUGGCUGGCAAAGUGGAGGAACAGCACCUGCGCACUCGUGACAUCAUCAACGUGUCCAACAGGUACUUUCACCCGGGCAGUGAACCCUUGGAGCUGGACUCCCGCUUCUGGGCGCUCCGGGACAGUAUCGUGCAGUGUGAACUCCUCAUGCUGAGAGUCCUGCGUUUCCAAGUCUCCUUCCAGCACCCACACAAGUACCUGCUCCACUACCUGAUUUCCCUCAAGAACUGGCUGAACCGUUACUGCUGGCAGCGGACCCCCAUUUCCGUCACUGCCUGGGCCCUGCUGCGGGACAGCUACCACGGGGGGCUGUGCCUCCGCUUCCGGGCCCAGCACAUAGCCGUGGCGGUGCUCCACCUGGCCCUGCAGGCCUAUGGGGUUGAGGUGCCCGCCGAGGCCGAGGCCGAGAAGCCGUGGUGGCAGGUGUUUAGUGACGACCUUACCAAGCCAAUCAUUGAUAACAUUGUGUCUGAUCUCAUUCAGAUUUAUACCAUGGACACAGAGAUCCCCUAAGGCCCUGGUCCAGGCCUGCCCAAAGAGAAGCCCGGGAUGCUCGGCUGCCUGGGGACGGCAUCACCGCAUCGCUGUGACGGCUGGUCCCCAGAAGACCAGCUGGGAGGACUGGUUUUGUGCUGCUGGAGACGGGCUGGUGAAGGCGAUGACCUGCUGCCACUUUGAUUCUCAUGCUUUGACUGUCCCUGGCAGCUGUGGUCCAGACGGUGAUGGGAGCCGUGCCUCCUGCGGGCAGGCCGGGGUGCACCAGGGGAAGGGCCCCCAAGGCAUCCGUGUCUGCUUUUGUCCUUUGAGAGGGCACCGACUGCAGUUGAGGUGUGACAUCAGUGGAAGCAAAAUCAAAGAACAGAUGAGACUGCACCCUUGGGGAUUUUUUUAAAGCCAGAUUUAUAGAAAGUAUGAAUGUGCAACAUAGAUGGAAUUUUAUUUUGUAUAAUAAAAGAUGAUACA